AUGCAUAUUGAUUUUGCAGGUCCUUUCGAAGGAAAGUAUUGGGUAGUAGUUGUUGAUGUUUUAUCGAAUAAUCGAUGGAUUGAAGUACAACCAAUGACUAAAACUACUACAAUAAAACUAUGUGCUAAACUGGAUGAAAUAUUUACUACUUUCGGUCUACCCAAGAUUGUUGUAUCUGAUAAUGGUUCACAAUUUACGUCGCAUGAGUUUGAAAAUUAUUGCAAGCAGCAUGGAAUCUUACAUAUUCGGCUAUUACCGUACCAUCCUCGCUUCAAUGGAUUGGCAGAAUGCCUUGUUUGCACGUUCAAGACCCGGUUAUCAGCUAGUAAUAAAGACGGAGCUAACUUGAAACAACGCCUAAGAAAUUUCCUGUUCAGUUAUCGUAAUACACCACUUUCUACAACAGUUCAAACAUCUGAUGGUGUGGAAAAACGAAGACAUGCAGAUCAUAUACGUUCUCUAGCAAUUGAUGAAGCUGAAAGUACCAAAAUAGGAGGAAUGGUUAAAGAACCAUCUCAAGACUCACAAGCGAAUAUGACUUCAUUACAGGCCCCACUAUCACAAAUUCAGGAACCUUCUCCAGAGCAAACUCGAGCAAAUGCUCCAAUUACACCGAUACAAACAUCAUCCUGUGAGUUAUCACAAGAACGGCAACAAUUAACAUCAAUACCACUUACUAAAGAGGCAUAUUCUACGGCCGAGGAAACGACCGUAUCAUUGCGUCGUAGUGUACGUACCAGACGACCUCCGAGACGACUACUUUAUGAUUAA